AUGUCGCUGGCGUUUGGCGUCGGAGAAGAGGUGGGGAAGGACGGUGAAGUCUUGCCAGUCAUUUUGGGACCGGUCCCAGCUCCAAUGGUGGACCAUUGCGGCGGCAGCAGCUCAAAGAGCCAUAUUUCUGGAAACGCACUCGCCAAAAUUCUUGACAAACAUUGCCUUGAGGGGCACAAUUUCCCGAAAUGGUUUCAAAAUCUCAAGAUCGUUUUGAUUAGUGAGAAAAUUGCAUAUGUGCUUGAUAUGCCGUUCCCUCAUCAACCUCCUGGUGAUAAUGUCACUGAGGAGGAACGUGCUCAAUAUGUUAAGCACAUACAAGACGACACACAAGCUAAAUGCUACAUCCUUGCUUCCAUGAACUCUGAGCUUCAAAAGCAAUAUGAGCACAUGGAUGCUGCAAUUGAUAUCAUCCUUCAUCUGCAAGAGCUGUAUGGUGAGGGUACUCGUAAUAGACGGUUCAGUGCUGUUUAUAAGCUUGUGAAUACCAAGAUGGUCAAGAGAGCAAAAGUCCACUAG